GCUGUUUUUUUGUUUUGUUUGUUUAGAAUAUUCUACGUUUCUCAUGACUCACAAGAUUUGAAGAUCUUCAGCUACAUUGCCAGAGAUGGUCAGAGCAAUGUUUUCCGCUGUAAUGUGUUCAAGUCCAAGAAGAAGAGUCAGGCCAUGCGCAUCGUCCGGACAGUUGGCCAGGCGUUUGAGGUUUGUCAUAAACUGAGUCUACAGCAUACACAGCAAAAUGCAGAUGGAAAGGCGGACUGCAACGGUGAAAAAAAUGGUGGCGAUUCCUCUGCUCGCGAGCUAACAGGUGCAGAGAAGGCUCCAGCGAGUGUCGCGGAGGAAACGGAUAUUGAUGCCGAAGACGUGGUCCAGGUGCCGACGGCCGAGGACCUGAACCUCAACAGAGGAGUGACAGAUCUCGAUGCCACUGCCAAGACACCUGACUUAACCCAGUCAGAAAAUAAG